CAGGCCAACAGUGGAGGCUCGAGGAAGAGAGGGGAGCAAGCAGGACCACUGCUGAAAUGGCCACCAAACGUAAGGAAAUGAUUUGUGUUGGCUAAAAAGCGAGCAGAAUCAGAGGAGUCAGGUAGAGGGGAGGGAAGUUAGUAGGCAGGUGUGAGACAGGACGACGAGUCAAACACAGAGCCUUUCACUCACAAAGAGAUAGACUGGAGCUUCUCUGGCUGAAUGUGUCAUGGAUCUGGUUUAUUGGAGGAACAUGAGGAGGACUGGCGUGGUGUUUACAGGUCUGGUGAUUGGUCUGGCCAGCCUCUUCCAGCUGAGCGCCAUCACUGUGCUGUCCCACGUCCUCCUGGGCAUCAUGUGCAUCACCUUCCCCGUCUGUCUGUACUACAAGCUGCUGGAGGUGCUGCACUGGAGCUCCGGCUUCCACCCCUUCCAGUCCUAUCUGGACUUUGACAGCUCUCUAACGGAUAAGGACACGGUGGUGCUGGUGGAGGAGCUGGUGCUGUUGAUGGCAUUCGCUGUCACAGAGAUCAAACGCCUUCUAUUCAUUGAAAACAUCAUCGACUCCAUUAAGUUUGUUUUGCUGCUCUACCUGUUGACUUACGUCGGCAUCGAGACCAACGGACUGACUCUGAUUAUGUCUGCUGUGAUUGCUCUUUUCUCCUUUCCAUUGUUAUACAAAAAACAGCAGGUGAGGAUAAGACGCGCUGUUAGAGCAGUCAGAGCUGUGGAAAAGAAAAUGAGAUCCAUGUUUACGAGUCUGUAUGAGUCAGUGAGACCCUCUGCUGCCCCUGAAGCCACCACUAAACCUGCUCCACCUGCCAUCAAACAGAAAGCCAAGUCAAAGUAACUCGGCUGCUCGUGCCCUGAAAGGAUUUGGGAUCCGGAAAACAUGUUGGAAUGUGUGUGGGGCCGCUGGUGGGGCAGAGCUUUUACAUCUCUACUCUGUGAUCGUCUAUGGGAGCAAGAUUUAAUUGAUCCUGACAGCAGAAACAAAACUGCCAUUCACCCAAGCAGAGGCUGGGACUGUGUGUAAGGUGGGAAACGUUAUUUACUGAGACGCUCUUGGUCUUCACUCAGUCGUCUUCUGCAAACAGUAAAAACAUGUCUGAGAGUAGAUUUUACAUGAUUAAUGAAGACUGGAUUCAUGUUAGAAGCCAGCUGUUCGUGACGAUGCAAGGCUGAAUGUUGCUGCGACAAAGCAUCACUCUAAUGUUUGUGAUCAACUUCUUAAAUGGAACAUUUCUUCCACUUUAACUAUUUUUCCCACUGAGGAAUAAGUUGUCCUGAAGGUGUUCGAAUCUAAUCAGACUCACUUUUUGGAUCUUUUGUUACAAAUUACUAAAAAAGUGGAGGAAAUGUUGCAGAGUCUGGACUUACUGUUGAAUAAAUUAAAAUUAAGAUUUUUUUUAAAUGAGAAUAAACUUUUAUUUUACUGCCAUCUUCUGUUAAGACGUGCAGUACUCAUCACAACCACCGGGAGGUGGUAGAGAUCAGCAGGAUUAAGCCUAUUCUAGCUGUUUCUCUUCAUGAACUUCAGCUUCUGCAAGCUUGUUGCUUUAUUAUCUCCACAGACUAAACAUGCUAGUUUUAUUUAGUAAUUAUCAGAAAUUUUAUAUGUAGAAAGCUGCCUGAAUGCCAAGAACACAACUAAAUAAAAGUCAUGCAGGUAAACCAAUAAAAUCACAAACUGAUCUCACGUUUUUUUUAAAACUCAACGUAGUGUUAAAUCUGACUUAGUGAUUUAUUUUUGCCUUUUCAUUUAUUUAACUUAUUCUUUGUGUUUUUUCUCAGUAAGAAAAAGAGUUAUCUCCAAUUUACUGAAUUAUUUCUUAUGAACCAAAGGCACAUAAAUGACUUCCAGGACAUUUCAGUAAAUAUAACUGAUUUGAUUUCAAAUGCAAAUUUGUUUCUAGUUUAAUUCUUUCACACAUAGGACAAAAAUUUUUAUACCCCCCCCCCCCCCACCCCCACUUCCUAAAAAUAAUAAAAGAAUGAAAA